ACGGCUCGCAGUAGAAAACCGAGCGCAUGCGUCGCCGUCGUGGGAGACGUCCGUCCCGCAGAAUCAUUUCGCGCCGCGACGCCAAGAGCGGCACCCCGCAUCCGUGUAAACGCGGCUGGUCCAUGUGCGUACGACGUCGUUCGUCGCGUGCACGUCGUCGACGAGCAGGACGACGAGCGUAACGUAUAAUCUUGCCCCGGUAUACGACGUGAGCGUGUCGACCCCCCCGUGCGUGUACGAUCCGAUCUACGGUGAUCCAGUGAACGGUCGAUCAAAUGAAAGUAUUGAAUGAGUGUCACUCAGGAAUUUCGUUCAUCCUUUGGACGCAUUAACGAGGGAAAGACUGGGUGAGAAAGAAAAUGCGGAGGGUGAGCAACAACGAUCGCGGAACCCGGCUCGCGAUGAUCGCAAAGGAUCCACGUGUGAUGAAGCGUGGGUUUCGUCGCGGUUACGGCAGCCGAGCUUUCGACACGGUGCUGGUUAAACCGCGCCUCUGAGGAUCUUGCGGGAUUUUCCGGCUCGCCGCUCGCGCUCUGCGGAUUCCUUGAUUCCGCGCGAACAACCGUGUAUCGGCAAUCCGUCCGCGGGAUUUGACGCGUGAUUUAUUGCACGCGCGAGUUUCCGUGGAUUGUUUCUGCUGCGGUUCUCCGGAUUUCGGUUACCACGCGAGAUUGCCCCGCGUUAUCCUUCGCCCGAAUUUAUAGCGCACGCGGACGAUUAACUGUACCCACCCCGGCGCCCGCCGCCCGAUUGGAUAACCCUUUUUCUCGGUGCUGGUCCCAGCCUCGGCUGGUGGUACCUCGCGAGUUCCGUUUUCCUGUACGACCGUCGACGUCACAGUGAAUUUACUAAUCACGGUAGUUGCCGACUGGUGCGAGUCGCGUGAAGCAAUCUCGCUGAGUGAAAGUACGAGAUACGUGUGAAACGUGCGAAGGCUACCGAGUGCGAAGGGGCUCCGGUGGCUCAUUUCGAAGCCGAUUCAACCCGAUCCGACCCAUAAAUCUCUCCCGGUGUGUACCAGGUUCAGCUGAUAAAAACGAUCGGCGGUGAGGACGAUUGAACAAAGUGUUAAAAAUGCUGUGUCGUUGGCUCACCGUUCUGAUACUCGCUGCUUUUCUCCUGGUUAUCGAAGGGAUCGCGGUCACUCAAGGCACUUUCGCGCGGGAUCAAAAGUUGUUGGGCGCGAACGUCUUCGGCACUCAGAACGUCACCAACCCGCCGACGUUCGAAAUGAACAUGCCGCGAAACGUGACCACCGCGGUCGGCCAGACCGCUUUUCUUCAUUGCAGAGUUCAUCAGCUCGGUGAUAAAGAGGUGUCCUGGAUGCGUAAGAGGGACAUGCAUAUCCUGAGCGCGGGCAUCCUUAUGUACACAUCCGAUCUGAGGUUCCAAGUGAUCCAUCCGGACAAGUCCGAGAACUGGACGCUGCAGAUCAAGUCGCCCCAGAUACGGGACUCCGGGGUUUACGAAUGCCAGGUCAGCACUGAGCCGAAGAUGUCGUUGAACUACAGCCUCAACGUGGACGCGGCAGGAGCCAGAAUACUCGGGCCAUCGGACCUGUACGUGAAAACCGGGAGCCUCCUCACGUUGACUUGCUUAAUGUCUCAGGGGCCUCACGAUCUGGGGACAGUGGCUUGGUACCGCGGUAAUGAACCGGUGGUAACGUCGCCGCAUUCGGAGAACGACGUUAACGGCGAGCCUCGCAUCACUGUCAAAACCGAAUGGAGUGGCGCACUCACGUCAAGGUUGAAGAUCACCCACGCGAAAUCGAGCGACUCUGGGAAUUAUAGUUGCGUGCCCACUGUGGCACAGAGAGCCAUCGUCAACGUGCACGUUAUCAAUGGAGAGCAUCCAGCUGCAAUGCAGCACGGGAACACGGCAGCAGGCUCGCCAGCAUCGAAGACGGUCCUCGUAAUGCUCGCCUUCUUUUUGGGUCAAUUGAGAUAAUGUGUGUUCUCGUACGUGUCCGUACGUGUGCGUCUUCAACCUGUUUGUGUGCGCGUGCUCCGUGUGCGUGUGCGAAUGUCGGCCCGUGUCUGUGUGUGCGCGUGAAUGGGGAAGGGUGGUGUGCACGUGCGAGUUUACGCGGACAUUAACGAGUCUUUACCGAGCAUUAACUGAAAUUCGAUGGAUCGUUGGACACAAUAAAACGUAGACACCUACCCCUCACCCUGUUUGUACCUUGAUCGAAAUUAAAUUGGCGGCCGAGCAUGUCACGGAACGAUCAUCGAUGAAGAAGCUUUCGCCAUCUGCAACGCCGAGGUAUGUUUCACGAAGGAACCUGAUUAUUAAGACAGUUUUAUAUCCGUGAAUAUGGUUCGUGAAAUGAUCAGUAACUGGUGGUUGGUUUCUUAAUCUUUUAAUUAAUAAUAAUUGAAAAGCAUUUUAUAAUUAGUAAAUGAAACGUUAAUUUGUAAAUUUUUAAUAUUCAAACGGGAACAAAUUUUUAAUCACAUUAAGAAUGUUACUUCUUUGAAUGUAUCGCGUUAUUUCUAUCUACAAUUUUUUCGAUAGAGUUUUCGAAAUGAAAGCUUUUAGGAAAAUUGAAACCAGGAUGAACAGACGUCGCAAAAAUAAUAAGAAACAUAUUAUUUGAAAUUGUUUAAUUAAUCUCUUAUUACGAUUCUUUAUCUAACGGUCGUGUGAGAAGUUCCAAAUUUCACAAUUACAGACGUUAAGGAAGAAUAAUCUAUAGUCUGAAGUAUAACAAAUAUACUGGAAGAUCACACGAGAAAGUCCAUUAUUAAACAGUUCUCCGGUUCGCGUUAGUUUCGUAAACUAGUUUGCACUCCACGGAAUGAAAGGAUAACGUUGCAAACAACGCGAUGUUUGCUCCUCUUUCUAAGAGAAUUAAAGACCGCUGAUGAAAAAAGUUUGUCGAUAUUUUUCCACGGAUAAACCCCGGCCCGGGUAAUUCUCGAUACGAAUUAAGGGUACAAACAAGCUCGAAAGCUAUUUUCUUAGAGGAUUCCGUAGAGGAACUCGAGAAAUCUAGGAAACAUAUUGAGUUUCUCAAACUGAAAAUAAUUAUAUUAAAUUAUGUAGUUACAUACGACCAUAAUUUAUUUUUAUUAAUUUUAUAAACAUUAUCAUGUACGUUUAUAUAAAAAUAAUCAUUGAUUUCAUUUAAUUUCUAGUCAGAUUGUUGAUAUUUACUUCUCAUACAGUUUUUAAAUAUAUGUUAAAAGAUACGAACACUAUGAGAUUUGUGAAACUGUUGAACGGAAUGUUGGAUAAUAUUGAACAACAGAAAGCUUCUUCCGAUCGGUUUUCUCACGACUAGGCAACAGAAUUAACGUAACAACGAUGGAGAUUUCCUCCGAGCACACAUCAUGCUGUUCCAUUGAUUUAAAUGUUAAUUAAGUGCGAGAAGGAUCGUCGAUGAAGGAACUCUGUCGAAGCCGGUUCCGCGUGGAGGUCACGGCUAAACCCAGUGCAUCCAUAGGAAAGGAAGAGCUCUAUUGAAAAUAAAAAAAAAAACGUCGUCGUAGUUAUCCCGGGUUCGAUAUGUGUAAUAACUUGCAGGUAACAUGCAUUCUAGUGUCGUUGAAAUAAUGGAAAACGAAGUAUGUGCCGCGGUGACGUUCGUGUACGCACAAGGUACAUUAUAAAUGACGAUUCAACGAUCAACGUAAAGGAUAAUUUACGUGUUUAAGAUUGUGAACGUGUGCUCGAAUAUAUGAAUAAUUCGAUGUGUAUGUUCGCGAAUUAGUAGGGACGAUUAUUAUACAUAUGUAUAUUGUAAUCGUUGCGAAGCGAUCGUUAGAGAACUAAAAAAGGGAGGCUCUUUCGUUCGUUCGUUCGUUUUAAUGAAUAUGUUAAUGAAUGUGCAAAUCUUCUGCGAGAUACAGGAAUCACUUCGUCUCGUUGUUUUGUCAUUAAAAAAAAUGAAACGUAAUACCAAUGAAUAUUCAAUUUUUCUGCUGACCUCACGGUUGUUAUGUACUAAUUAAAUAGUUCGCAAACAACGAAAUUUUAUACGUGAAUUGAAUACCUAUAUGAUCUUUUUAAUAUUCGAUAUCUCGUAAUAUGAUUUUUUUAAUAUUUUAUAUUAUGAUCUUUGGAUCUUUCUUCAUCCCUGGUUCCUCUGUAAGUAGAACUUUCAGCUUCGACAAAGGAACGCUGACAUUAUUUUGUAACGCAAGCCAAAAAAUAUUGACAAGGGAUUCUCCCACGGAUGCUCGUGGUUCCGAAAGAAAUUCUGAUAUUACUAGCUGUACCGCGAUAACACACGUUUUCGGGUAAAACUCGCGUCGGAUCUCGCGACAAAUCGAAUUUCACGCUUCGUUCUGGGUUUCCUUCAACGAAACGUACUUCAUUCCGUCGCGGAUACAUGAUGGAACAGCAAAUUCUAUACCAAAUUCAAGAAAGAAGCUCGAACACGGCGCGUUCGAGUUAUUUCCUCUCUCUUAUUUUUUACCGUAUAAAAACUGAAGGUCUCAGAACUAAAGGCAAUUAAAAUUAAUCAUUUAAGAAUAAGCUUUUCAGAAGUUUCAGUCGUAAUCAGAACUUCGAUAAGGAAAAUAAAAGAGGGAAUCAAUUUCUUUAGAGAGUAAUGUCGAUUCCGAGCACGGAUUUCCAUUGUCUUUACGGCACGCAAGGAAAAAUUGUGGAAAUCAACGAACUAGGGGAAUGAAACCGAGGGGCGGGAAGGGGAUUCAGCUCUUUUACGAGGAACACGCGCAUCAACAACGCGGAUUACAAAUUUUAUUGCGGUAGCCAAACUGGAAACGUUCGUAUGCGAUCUUGGUAUUUUUGUGCCGACGGGAUUUUGUCUGGUUGUUCACCGCACCGGUGAAAUAACUUGGUCUCGUAUCUGAAUGCGAAAGGAGCUCUUGAAAGAGAGAAAACAAUGCCAAGGAUUUACGCUGGCAUUAGAAUUUUCUUUUUAACAUUUACCUAUGCUUUUCCAUUAUUUUUACGUAUCUUAAUUGGCCUGUGAUUUAAUAAGGAUUCCGAAACUCGGAAUCAAUAUUUCCGAUAAUAAAAAGGGGACAUUGGAAGCUGAUGAGCUAUUUUGAAAAAUAUUCGACGAAAGAGUUAGCGAUGUGCUGCUGAAAUUAAAAUUAUUUAUUUUCGUUUUACAUUUUUGCUGUCCUCAUUAUUAUUCGCUUGUUUUA